UUCUUAGGCUCCAAAAUGUUGUGACUUCAGAAAAACCACAAUUCUUCGACUGCACUCGCUUUAUUACAAGAAACAGCACUAAAUAAAAGUGAUAGAUAUGUUCAUGAGUAUCGUAAGGUGAGCGGGUGAUGAGGGCUUAGAGAUAUCUGUCAGAAUGUGUGAUCAUCAUCAGCUUCGCUCACAACAUCCUGUCGGGGAAAUUGAUCAUGUGAACGAUCUAUCGGAAAACAUUGGAGCACUCUUUGAAAACGAGGAUUACAGUGACAUCAUUUUGCUUGCGUCAGGAGUUGAAUUCCACGCACAUAGAGUGAUUCUAGCUUCAAGGUCUGAUUAUUUUAGGGCUCUUCUCUUUGGUGGUUUACGAGAGUCACAGCCAGGUGUCAGCACUAUAGAGUUGAAAGAUACAACACCCGAUGCUUUCAGACACCUUCUCAAGUACAUCUACACUGGGCGAGUUAAUCUCGCUGAUAUGAAGGAGGAGAACUUACUGGAUGUACUUGGAUUGAGUCACCAGUAUGGUUUUCUAGAACUAGAAUCCAGCAUUUCUGACUAUCUCAAAGCUACCCUCAACAUACGCAAUGUCUGCUUUAUCUAUGAUCUAGCAAAUAUGUAUGGAUUAGCAUCACUAUGCAAGACAUGUUACGAAUUUAUAGAUCGUAAUGCACCAGAUGUACUUCGUGGGGAAGCAUUUCUUUCCUUAUCUGGGCCAGCGCUAUAUGACAUCAUCAGUCGGGAUUCUUUCUGUGCAGCAGAAAUUGAUAUCUUCAAUGCCAUAAAAGUUUGGUCUGAGCGUAACCCUGAAGUAGAUGUUGCACCAAUUAUGUCUGUUGUAAGGUUACCAUUGAUGACCAUACCACAGCUACUGAACACAGUUCGACCCACAGAAUUUGUAUCUCCUGACUCAAUUCUUGAUGCUAUCAAAACCAUAACUGAGACCAGGAACAUGCAGCUCAAGUACAGAGGCUUCCUUUUACCCGAAGAGAAUGUUGCCACACUCCGCCAUGGGGCCACAGUGCUACGUGGUGAAAUGAAAGCAGCUUUACUAGACGGGGACACAACAAACUAUGAUUUAGAUCGGGGGUUCUCCCGGCACCCCAUAGAUGAAAAUAAUGGCCAGGGGAUACUAAUCAAACUUAAUACGCCAUCUAUCAUCAACUGUAUCAAGGUUCUUCUAUGGGACAGAGAUAUGAGGUCAUAUUCCUAUUACCUUGAAGUGUCCAUGGAUGAGAAAGAUUGGAUCAGAGUAGUAGAUCAUCGCAAGUAUCUCUGUCGAUCGUGGCAAUAUUGUCGCUUUCCUGACAUUGUUGCCAAGUACGUGAGGGUUGUUGGCACCCACAAUACUGUCAACAGAGUUUUCCAUUGUGUUGCCUUAGAGUGCUAUUAUACCCACAAAAUAUGUUCAUUGAAGCAUGGUCUUAUAGUUCCCACAGAAAAUGUUGCAACGGUGGCAGCUAGUGCUACAGUUAUAGAGGGAGUUAGUCGAAGUCGAAAUGCAUUGAUAAAUGGGGAUACUAAGAACUACGACUGGGACUCUGGAUACACGUGCCAUCAGCUUGGAAGUGGUGCCAUCAUUGUUCAACUUGCACAACCAUAUCUACUCUCAAAUAUGAGGUUGUUGCUAUGGGAUUGCGAUGAAAGAAGUUACAGCUACAAUAUAGAGGUCUCCACUGAUCAAGUCACAUGGCAUACUGUAUGCAACAGAUCUAAUAAAGCGUGCAAAGGCUGGCAGGUGAUCAAUUUUGAGGAACGCCCAGUUACAUUUGUUAAAAUAGUUGGCACGCAUAACACUGCCAAUGAGGUUUUCCACUGUGUCCACUUUGAAUGUCCGGCUGAUGAAGAAGCACUAAAUCGCUAUUUACUAGAAACCAGGGAGCGUAAGAACUCCAAUGUCAGUGACUGUAGCUCCACAAAUUCAUUACCCCAAGGGGUAGGACUUCAACAAUUUGCUGGGGAGCAUGUACCCUAUGCAGGAGGUGGGGUAGACCCCCAUGGUGCAGGAGAAGCUCUCCAGGGAGAGGGACACAUGGAGAAUAAUAAUCCAGUAGCAAUGGCUGAAGAUCUUGUGUAAACUGUGAAUUAAAUACCUUCAUAAUAUCACCACUGCCUCGUGUAAUGGCCAUGUGACAUUGAGUCAUGAGUCGUGAAUUGUUUUAUAUAUGUAUCAUGGUGUAACUGAUGAUAUGGGCUUUUGAAUUGCUCAUAUAAAUGAACCAUCUGAAAAACCUUGGAGACAUUGCCUCAUUAAGUACAAAAUCUGUUGCAAUUUGUGAAAAGAUUAUAAGCACAUGAUUUAAUGAAUCGUGGAUGAUUUAAUCAACUCGUGUCUUGUGUCCUAGACUUUGAAAUCAUCCUGCUGCACUCAUUCAAAGUCUGGAAAUGAUACAUUUGUUGUUAAGACAUCCUGCAAUUCAUUGAGUCCUGGGCUUAAA